AGAAGGGGUCUUGAGUGCAGAAUGGACAAUGGAAUGCUCGUAAAGAAGCUGAUAAACUCGUACAUCGUUUUGUCGAAACUUUUUUAACAUUCAGUGACUAUUCAUUCAAGUCGUCGGUAUAACCUGUCAGUUUUUGCGAGUUGAGAUGACUUUUGUAGUCGUUAGUUACCGUACGUGUUGACCAGUUGACUGUUGCACAAAUAAGAUUGUAUAGUAGUGAAUGACAUGUGCAGUUGUAGUUAGUUGAUGGCGGACGAAUACGAGUAUUUCCUCCUGGGUAAAAUUUAAGCCGGUAAGCCGAGCAGUCAGCAGGGGAGCAAAGUACGGAGAUUAAACUGUAACUUACUAUUGUCCUACUCUGCACACUGUCACACAUUACUGUAAUCUGAGACGUGCGAAGGGGGAGUAUCAAAAUCUCCCUGACCGAUCACAGAUUCAUACCAGGACUUUCUGACUGGAUUCAGGAGGGCGUUACUGACACUUUCGGAUCUUCACACAGCAGAGGAGCUUUUGCUGUCCCAAGGCUUUAUUUAAUUUUAUGAUCUGAUGGAAAUGUAUUGAGGAUAGAGCGCAGUCAAGAUGUCUCAAAAACUUAAAGGAAAGAAAGACAAAAACGACCCAUCAAGAUUUCAAGGUGAAGGUGUGAAUUUCCGCGCUAAGUUAAUCGGGGUUGAUGAUGUGGAGUCAGCAAGGGGUGACAAGAUGUGCCAGGAAUCUUUACAGAAGCUGAAAGCUGCAGUGAAAGCAUCAGGGGAGCAUAAACAGAGGAUUCUAGUGAAUGUAUCCCUGGAGGGGCUGACACUGAUAGACGAACGAACAAAGGCCAUCGAGCACAACCAUGCCGUCCAUAGAAUUUCCUUCAUCUCUCGGGACGUCACCGACAAUCGAGCCUUCGGUUACAUAUACGGAGUAGGAGAUGGUACUCACAAGUUCUUUGCCAUCAAAACGUUACAGGCUGCCGAGUAUCUGGUGCUGACCUUGAGAGAUCUGUUCCAGUGUGUUUACGAGUUAAAGAAACAGGAAAUGGAGGAAGCCAAAAGCAAACAGGAAACAGGGGAGACCACUGAAGGAACAGAGGGUGGGCCAAAAGAAGGGGGGGACAACAUCUAUCAGGUACCUACAAACGGAGCACCUGUGGAGGGGAAGGAAGGUGAAAGCAUAUACCAGGUGCCUGGGAGCAACGCUCCAGUAAAUAACACGGAUGAGACUGACACUGCUAACCUGUUAGACCUGGAGAAUGAACUACAGUCCCUUCAAGAAUUUAUGAAGGAUACAGAGCACAUCAACGGUCAGCUGGAGAAUGGCAUUCAGCAAAUGGAUACUUUCGAGGACAUAUUUGGGUCAGGUUCUGGCCAGGCACCACCAGCUGAGGGCACUGCUCCCAAAUCAGAUCCGUGGGGAGCACCGGCCACCAGCACAGCAGACUCCUCAGGGUUUGGAGACAGUUUUGGUGCUACAUCUAAUGUUCCAGCCAAUAACAAUGACCCAUUUCAGACAGCGUUUUCUACUCCAAGUACAGCUGCCCAGUCACCAUUUUCAGCACCGCCUGCAGCCACCACACCGUUUUCUGCACCACUGGUCCAGAUGAACUUAGCUGCGGUGUCGUCUUCCCCAUUCCAGUCCCCGGCGCCAGCACAAACCAUGGCCCAGCCUGGUGGUUUUGGUUCCGGAUUUAUCACUGCACCAACAUCCAUGAACCCCAUGGCGGGACUGUCUGCUCCACCCAUGCAGUCAGGAUUUGGUCAACCCACCUUCGGCACUGCCCCAAGCCCCGCUCUCUCUAACCCCCUGGCAGGGGGGAUAUUCGGGACCCCUGUUCACCCAGGAAUGGGCUAUUCUGCCCCACCAGCGGCCACUAACCCUUUCAGUGCGGGAGGGUUUGCGGGGCCGCCUGCAGCUAACCCCAUACCCAGUGGGGACAUGUUUGGUGGGGCACCAGUCAUGAUGCCCACUAACACUAACGCCCCAGCAGUACCUCCACGCUCGGGGGAAGACGGCGAUCAGAAGCCCCGGGCAGGCAGUGACUUGUUCGGCGACCUCUGCGAGAUUGGGCCGAGCAAGACGAAAGGAAAGUCGCCGAAGCAGUUGUUUGAGGAGCAGAAAGCUGAACCGAAGAGGACGCUGAAUGAGUUGAAAGUUGUCCCCCCUACUCAGGCAAGUCUUAGCCACCUCAUACUCUCCAGCCCAUCCCCUACCACCAAGACAAACAGCUUCUGUGAUACGGCCGACCAUUUUGAGCCCUUCCCCUUCCCCGAUGACAACAACCCAGCCGAUCCCUUCCACCCUCACAAACCCGACUCCAACAAUAUUCACUUCCUUUCUCAGUCUUCCAGCCAGAUCCCGAUGAACGGCAGGUCAGCACUAGGAAGCAGUGGGGAUGAUGACUUUUUUGACAUGCCUUCACCACUCACCCCACCCCCUCCUCUACCAGGGGAAAACACGGUGAAUGGUCACGGUCCUCCUCUCCCACCCCCCAGGCCAGGGGUGCCAGGGCUCAAGUCCAUACCUCGACCACGAGGUGGAAAGUCCAACACGCCAAACACUCAGGCCACGAACAAAACAGUGGCAAAUGGCUCAGCCUUGUUGAACUUUGCUGUGAGUAAUCCGUUCGAUGAUCCGUUCUUUACCAACGGCGAUAUGUCCGGUGUUUCAGCGACAACUGUGAUAGUCAGUGAGAAAUCGAGAUCCUCUACAGUCAGUGCAAGGGACACCAGUGCUCCUACCGCCAGUCCGUUUGGAGACUUCAGUAUAUUUGGCGCACCCCCACCAAGCAGUGAUCCAGUUUAUGCUACAGUGAACAAGAACAAGCCUCCAGACGGAACCCUGGACCUUCUCUAAUGACCAUCUGUGCGGGUAUAUCAACCCCCCUGGUGUGUCCAUUACAGAGGAACUAAGUAACUGUACAGCCUUUCAGCAGUCACAGUAAAUCUGCGUUGUCAUUGGCUGAUACAUGUCAGUGUGGCUGGCAUCAUUUGUUAUUGUAUUACAUAAGAAUUGAGUUCCUUUAAUAAGCCUAAUUUCUGGUUUACCAGAUGUUUUAUGGUGUUAUAUUCCUCCAUUUGUUUAUGUUUAUAAUAUGUCAGCUGUGGUUUAAUUUAAGUACCAUUAUAACUUUGUUAUUUUUCACAUUUAUCAACCACUACAAGACCGUUUAUAGGCAGUAUAGCCCUUUGUUUGAUAAAAGAGAACAAAAGCUGACAACAUACUUUUAGAUUUUAAAAACAAUGUAUAACUUGAAAUGUUCUUCUCUUUUUUUGUUUGACAGAGCAGUUCAUUAUUUUUUAGGCUUUUCCACCAUCAAUGACAUUGCCUAUCAUAACACAGUUUAUAGACAGUAUAGUGUCUGGUUUGAUAAAGAACAAAAAAAAAGCCCACUGUAUUCUUUUAGAUUUAAAAAAAAAAAACUAUAAGUAACUUAAAAUGUUACCUUCUUUUUUUUCUGCUGUAUGUGAAUGAUUUUAAAUUCUUUCCAUUUAACACCACAAUAUAUUUAAACAUCAUCGUCAGUUGAAAUUUAUGUUUUGUUGUAAUACUGAAUAUUAUAGUAUCAGUGCACCUGAACUUUUACUCUUUUUAUUAUGUAUGAGUAUUGUCCAUUAGCCACAUGCAGGACUGUGCUAUAUUCUGUCCUUUAUUUUAAUCCCGUGCAAAUAACUCCAUGAGAUUUUUUUUUAUGUUUCGACUCAUUUUCAGGGCAUUAAUUAUGCUUUCUAGACUCAGUGUUUUUUUGUAGCCCUUCCUACAGUAGCAUGUGCAUGUGGUUUUAAGUUCCAUGUGUAAAUGGAUUACAUGUAUCGCUGCUUUCCGCACGUAAAGCAGAUGUAAAGCACACGUAAAGCACAUGUGUGAAAGUGUGUGCAUGAUGUUAAUUGGCCUUUUUGAUCGUGUCUGAUGAUACUCAUGAGAGUGAAGAUUUUGGAUUAGAGAAUACUCACUCUGUACCUGCUCAAGUGGACAGUGUUCCUCUACAUAUACUCUCCUUCCGAGAUAUGCUGAAUAUUUGAGAUAAAAAAGAGCAAAUUUUGUUUUGAGAUAAAUUGAUCAAAUCCUAUUACAAGAGUGUUUUUAACAAUAUCCAUGGAGCGUACAGUCACCAAGUCAAUUCUGUAUUUAAGUCGACUCCCCAAAGGACUUACUCUGUUUAUGUUGGCUUAGUGCUGAAUUACAGGGAAGUUUUUAACUGGACUCUUCGUAUAUUAAGUGAUGUUUAUGCAUUGAAUGCAUUAUAAACAUUAUCAUAUUUCUGUAUCUACAAAAUCUAGUAUACAUAAAGCGAAAACCUUUGUUUUUGAUUUGUGAGACAAUUCAUGUUUGUGUAUAAAGAAAUGGAAAAAAAAAAUUAUGUUAAAGCAAUUCUGUGAUUUUUUUUUUUUUUCUGUUUUUUGAAAUUACUGGUGCUUAUGUAGCAAUAUGCUUUUGGGGAAUGUAGUUUUGUGGAAAGUAGGUGUCAAACUGCUAAAGUUGUACAUGCUUUUCCUUAUAGUGAUUACAAAUUGCAGCUAUAGUUAUAUGUAAAGCACUGAACUGUUAGAAUAGUUUUGCUGUUGUAUUUGAAGUCAGAUGAGAGACCACAAGAUUCAAAUGGUUGAUUUCGGGAGAAAAUAUCCAAUGGAUUAAUGUAUUUAUUAUUCAGAGCCAAAUUGGAUUAUUUUUAUGUUAUAUAUUAUGUGCCACUUGUGCAUAAUUAGUUCAUCAACAUUUUUUUUUUCUCAAAUUUCUGGAUUUCGCCAAGUCAAAUUUAUAUAAAAUUUUGUGUGAAUCUAUUCUGUCAAUAUUCUGCGGAAAUGAAUUGCUCUUAUAAUGUCAAAUUAUUGGCUGAACAUUUUCUUUAUUGUUAUGAAUUUAAUGUAUCUUAACAUAAUGGACUUCUUCUCAUGUUUUAAGUAAAUAGCAACUAUUUGAACUGAUUACAUAUUUUUGAAUUUCAUGUGCCAAUGUAAAUUGCAACUGUAUGAUAGUGCAAGUACCAGUUUGAUGACAGUGUCUGUCUGUUUUAGAUUCAGAUCCACUGAAUUAUACACAUGUAAUUUGUCUUUGAGAUUGAGAGAGAAUUGUGAGGAAUAAGUUCAUAAUUUUAAUUAGGUUUUCACCGAGAAAGCUAAGGUGUAGUAAGAUGUAGAAGUAAUACAGCUUUAUUAACCCAUGUAUUAAAAUGUAUAAAUGUUGUGAUUAGUGCUUUUUGUUGAAUAUGUUAAUUACAUAUUGCUUUGUAUGUUUUAUUCCAUUUCACUUGAAGGUGUGAAAAUUUUAUACACUUGACCUUUAUGAACAGUCAUAUUCAUUCACCGGCCGUGCGUGGGAAGGUCUCUCAGCAACCUGCGGAUGGUUGUGGGUUUCCCCUGGGCUCUGCCCGAUUUCCUCCCACCAUAAUGCUGGCCACCGUCGUAUAAGUGAAAUAUUCUUGAGUACGGCGUAAAACACCAAUUAAAUAAAUAAAUAAAUAUUCAUUCAUAUUUAUUGCGCAAACAAAUUUGGUCCUCGAUCAAACUAUGCAAAUAUCACAAACUGGUUUAUUUGUUCCAAAGCAUAUGGCCUUUUUUACUUCACUGAUCUCCAGUAUGCAUGCAAAAUAGGGGAGCUUUGAGUUUGAACUCUUCUGUCGCUAAAGGUAAAAAAAAUUAUUCUGUAUCAUGUUGCACAACAUGAAGAGUUCCACCUUGAAACACCCUUAUUCAUUGACUGAGAUGUACCGACACCACAAUCCUAAGCCUUCACUAAAUUUCUUAGGCAAGAAUAUUUUCAGUAUUAUUCUUUUAUCAUUAUCAGCAUAUUACAAUACAAUACCAAUACAAGAGGUAGUGAAGAUAUAUUUUUGUGAAAGUGUAAGAAAAAAAAUAUAUAAUAAUAAUCUUAAAGCAUGUACAAUGUUCUGAUUCCUAGACAAGUGUGUUUCAAACAAAUGACACCAGAAAAUAAGUUUAUUUGCAUACGUGAAUAGUAUUUGCUGUUUAUUCAAGACUGUUUAAUAUUUACAUCAGUUUGGAGACAUGUUUCUUCAUUGAUUCUGGUUUUCAUGCGAGUCUUGAUCUCUAAAAGCUAUGCUGCAAAAUCAAGGAUAUUUCUUUAGGUUUAGACACAAAUUCAAGCUUUUACACUCACCUCUGUGAACACACAAAGAAUCCUUUAUUUUUCAGUGAAAAAUUCUAUAUUUACAAUUUACUGAUAAAUAAACCCAUUUCCCUCAGUCAAAAUGAAUUUGACUUACUUUCUUAAAGUUGAACUGCUGAUAUUUUCAUUGUUCCUCGCUUGUGUGCUUGAGGAAUAACAACACCAUCUGAAACAUGGCUUUCAUCUAGCAAUGAUAUUGUAACAGGCCAUUCUGAAUGCUGGCACAUAAAUACAGUGCAGCCUCACUAAACCAUUUCAAAGACAACCCACAGGACACCUGACAGACACAGCAUACAGACACCAGGAUGACCAGUGUCUGUGUGACAGACCAGUCAAGUGCUAAUAUAAUUAAUAAUUAUAUAAUAAUAAUGAUAAUAUAAUAAUAACCUAAUAGUGCUGUUUCACUAAAUCAUUUCAAAGACAAUAAACAUGACGCCCCAUGGACACGGUUAUACACAUACCAGGAUCACCAGUGCCUUGGUGCAGCAGCUGCAUGUAGGCCAAUUUUGUUCCUGAAAUUUUUAUAGGGCUGCUUUGCUUCAGCAUAAUUUUGAAGACAAUAAACGUGACGCCUGGCAGACACGGUAACUGGACACUGGACUGACCAGUACUUGUCUAUGCCAUUCUGUAGAAGAGAAUGCUAAAUUUAAAUCCUCGGACAUGACCCAAUCUGGGAUCAAAGCUGGGUCACAUGCUUCCAUGAAAACAGAUUAACUGUUUAAUGCCAUAACCAAGAAUUUUUGUUUAUACAGUGGCAGGUAGUUUUAUGGGUGGAGGAAAACAAAGUGCCUGAGGUAAACCACCAACCUUUGGCAACUGACUGAGAACCUAUUUAUUUAUUUCAUUGGUGGAUGUAUAUGAUAUGUGUAAGACUUGCAUGCCAUAUUGAAAGAAGACAAAUGGCCUGCAACGAAUGCAAGACUAUAUGCAAAUAUCCCCUACAAGCACUGUUUAACACCUACUGCAUGUACCAUCAAUAACCCUACCGACGAUGAGCUCUGAGGAAUCAACAGAUUGCCUCUCCCGAGUCUUGGAUUGAACCCUCGCCUUGUGGUUAGAAAUCCCGUGCCUUAAUACAUUUAUUUGAUUGUGGUUUUGAUUUUUCACUUAUGGCGGUUAGCA